UAAGUGUAAUAUUUACUUCAGACUACGAUGAGUAGGCUUCAAGCAGCUGUAUUAUGUGGGGAAACUGAACAAUAGAUAUACAAUAACAAAAAAAGUCUACAGCUAAUCUUGUAGAUGUUGAGAUAUUUCACAGGAUAAGUCCAUCCAUGCACCUGCUCUGAGAGAGAAAUCCAUAUGUAGGUUCAUGUUUGCUGAAGUCAGGCUUCAUGACUAUAAAUUUACUGAAUACCACCAGAGACACUAUGGGGAUUUGAUCAAUCCACUCCUGCUAGGAACACUUUGAUUUGGGCUCUGUUAUCUCUAAAAUGUUUACAGUAUGUAGAGAUAAUUUACUCUGCUGUGAUUGUUUGUACAUUCAGAUCAGUUAGUUCACUUCUUCUUCACUAUGCAAUGCAAACAAAACCUUCCAUUGUGUCCGCUGACCGGUUCACCAGGUCAGUCGAUGAGGUUGGAGUGGAUGCCUUGCUCAAGAGCACCUCCAUGUGGAAGAAGGAGACACUGCUGCUGGUUUAUUACCCAGUUAGAAACUCUAAUAUGCGAUCACAGACAAGAAAUAAACAAAUGUAGAAACACCGACAUUACUGCUGCUGCUUUAGCUUGUGUGGAAAAUAUGAAGGAUAUGAAAAGCAUAUUUUCUAUGACAUCCCCACUGGCCGACAUGUGACGUGUACGGGGGCGUGGAGCCGAGCUGAUGACAUAAGUGAGUGCUGCUGCUGCUGCUGCUGCUGGUGCUGCUGCUGCCUGCCUGCGUGUCCUCCGUGCGGCACAGCGCAGCCAUGGUGGACUCUCCCAGCGCGAUGAAGAAGACCUUCUCGGUGCCGGAGAUUAAACCGCUGGACCAGUACGACUUCAACCGGGCAAAGAUCUGCGCCAGCGUCCGGUGGCUGCUGUCGAAAUCGUACGGCUCUGCAGAGAAUGUUCCUGUGGAGUUGAGGGAGCCGCUUUACAAGGACCAGUAUGAACAGGAGCACCUCAAGCCGGCCGUCUCCAAGCUGCUUCUCUCCCCGGAGAUCUACUGCCGAGCUCAGGCCCUUCUGGCCCAGGCGCAUGGGGUCUCUCAGCCAGCGUCGCAGGGGUCCCCGGCCGACAACUCAGCCCUGUUGCAGUUCCUCAUUAAGAAAGGUUUCGCCCCAAAGAUCCAGGAUGUAGACGUCACAGAAGAGGACCUCAGCUGCGUCCCCAUCAAGACGAAUGCCCACCUCGCCCUGAUUGAUGCACUGAUGUCACUGGCUGCUAAAGAGACAGUGGGCAGGGUGAAGAUGGCGGCGGAGGCGGAGCAGAUGGGUGUCGGCGCUCCGUGGGAGAACGCUCUGCUCUUCUGGGUCAACAGGCUGAAUCAGAAGUUGAGAGAAAGCACAGAAGACGAAGAGCCUCCCAAGCCGCAGACAUGUACAGACAUGCAGCCUGCUCAGGACACGUGUCAAUCCACCCGUUGGUACUGGAAACUAGUCCCCCAUGCUAUCGCUUUUUGUUUGAAGGAGUCGGGGAAUAAGCCGCCAGUGAUCCGCUAUAGGAAGGACAAAGUGCAGUCUAAGCUGACUCCUACUUUCCCUCUGGUUUCCGCGGUCAAAGAUCUGUCUAAUGGCUGUGCUAUAGCGGCUGUGUUGCACUACUACUGCCCCAGCUUGCUGCCUCUAGAGGAUGUGUGUCUGAAGGACACCAUGUCAGUGGCCGACAGUCUCUACAACCUGCAGCUGAUCAAAGAGUUUUGUGAGAGCAGUUUACAGAGCUGCUGCCCCCUCCCUGUGGAGGACCUUCUCUAUGCUCCACCGCUUCUGCAUCUGAACAUCAUGAGCUUCAUAGCUGAGCUGCUGGAAUGGUUUGAGGUUAAGAAGCCUGAUUUUGUCAAGCCAAUACAACCCAUCGACCUCACAGAUGUCUCUGGAUUACUGUACUGCACGAGUCCUGUCAGUGGGAACAGCAACAGUGGUUCUCCUUCCUUCAUCUUCAAACAACCUUUCGUGCCAAUCUCCUCCCCAGUGUCACCAGAAAACAAAAGUUGGACAAAGAAACAAAUCAGUCGUCCUCUGUCAGCAGUGACUUUCAGCAUCCCAUUUGGGCUGGACAGUGAUGUUGAUAUUGUCAUGGGCAACCCAAUAGAUUCUGUCUUUCGCUCUGUCAGCACUGACAGCCUCACCACCGGCAUCCCUGCAGUGAGUUCACCAGUGAAAUCAGCAGGGAUGACUCGUGUCCCAUACAGCCCCCCAGAGGACCUCAGCCACCUGGUCAGUGCUUCUGCGCCAUCGCAGCGGGCUUCCUGGGGCCCUUUCACACACACAGCGCCAAUGGGGGAGCUGCCGACCAUUGAGGAGGCGCUACAGGUGGUUCACACUCCUGGCAGCAAAGACCAAAAGAAGGGAAGGACACCAGAGAAAGGUGGAAGAGGGGCGUUGGGAGGAAGGCCAGAGCCCAGGUUGCGUCCAGAAGGAGCCCCCGCUGGUUUUUUCCUGCACUCCCCAGAGGAAGAUAAUCCUCAGCUCAGUAGUUCUGCUCCCUGCCGCUCUGGAGUCCUUUACCGACCCGUCGGAGGAGAAGUGGGUGAUAAUGAAAGGCAAGGAAGAGGAGAGAGGAGGGAAAGAUCAGGACGGACCACUGAUAUGUCACGUGAUGACGACUCUGUACUACGAGAUGGCAGUGUUGACUCUUCUGAAGCAUCGGAUGAUACACCUAGAAACGCCCCUGGUAAUAUUCGACCCAGCAACGGUAGCCAGGGUAACCACAGCACCAGCAACAGUCCAGGCAUGACAAGCUUUGCUGAACGACGAAACAACAGAAGAAGACACCCCGCUGCUCCUGGGGAAGAUUCAGCCUCGGCUCCGACCCCAACAACCCCAGGAACUCCACAUACACCCUCCACCCCAGCAGGGGCAGCAGGCCAGCAGGACAGCCCGGGUCUCAGAGGCCCUGAGCCAGGCUCCGAGGCCUGGGAGUUGGGGGCUCGUCUGGAGGAAAAACGCAAAAGCAUUGAAGCCCAAAAAAGACGUAUUGAAGCCAUCUUUGCCAAACAUAGACAGAGGCUUGGAAAAAAUGCUUUCCUUCAACUAAAAAGAGAGCAAGGAGAGGGAGGAGGGGAGGCAGCAGCUGAGGAUAAUCUCACGCUGGAGGAGCGCCUCACUCGCAUGGAGGAGCAACUGAAACAGGAGGAGGAAAAAGAAAAGGAGAAAGAAAAAGAUGGAGAUAAGGAGAAAGAGAAGCCAUCUGUUUCCAAUCCUCCUCGGUUAGAGAAGCAGGUCACAUUCUCUAUUGACAGUAAGAAAGGGGCAGAGAAAGGAGCAGAAAAAGAGAAAGGAGGUGAGACUGUCAUAGUGGAGUACAAUGAAGUGGUGCAGAAACUGAGUGAAGCUCUGCAGUCACUACAGAAGGACAUGCAGAAACUUACAGAACAGCAACAGCAGCUCAUGAGCAACCAAAGACCCAGAAAUACACCCAAAACUACUCCAAAAACAACACUUAGAAGUAACGCAAAAACACCACCCAGAACCCCUCCUCACACCCCAACAAAGACGCCACCUAGAACCCCGACCAAGACUCCUGCCAGGAGCACCAGUAAAGCUUGGAUGAUUUCUGCUGGUCCCAAAUCUCCAUCUGCCUCCUCUCCAUCACGCCGUUCUCACAUUCUCUCCUCGGCCACCUCCCCAAAAACUGUCAUCUCUUCCUCCUGCCCAGCUCCUCGCACUAAGAUCCACUCCUCCUCCACUCCCCGCAGCCCCAAAAAUCACUCACGCACCCAACCUCAUCCACGGCCUUCCGAACUCAAGUUCCCCCCUCUCAAUCGUGUCUUGACACCAACCCAGAAUGUGGACACCCUCCCCCACCUGCGGCGUGUGUCCCCCAGCAAGUGUCAAGUUCAGACCUCCUCGACCUUCCGCAUCGGUGGGCCUCGAACUCCUCAGGGGUCUCCUCAGCCUACUCAGCAGCCACAGCCUGACGAGAACAACUCAGACACAGGUUCUAGUGAGACCCCCACCCAGUUCAACCUGGAGCUUGAGCAGGAGGACAUAGAUGUGGUAGGUGGGCUGGCAGGCCUGCCACAGCCCAGACAACUUCAUCCUAGAGCCACUGGUGGCAGCAGCUCUGGUGCUCCUUCUGAGUGCUCAUUUGAGAGCGAGACUUUGUCCCUUUCCGCUGCAUACAGUGCAGGAGGUGAAGAAGGGAGAGGUGGAGAUGCAGGGAAGCGGUGCAGCCUGAUUGAGGUGUCACUGUCAUCUCUUGGAGGGCCAGAGGGGGGCAGUGAUGAACCAACAGAUGAGGGGCAGGAGUUUUCCUCUGAUUCUAUGAGCGACCACACAGAAUCUGCUGUGGAACCUGUUAGAGGACUCGCAGCUGAACCCAUAGAUCCCAUGGAGCAGCUGGAUCUGGCCUUACAAACUGUGAAUUUGUCAGAACAACAAACUGAAUCCAAAGAAGAAGAAGAGGCAAAACAGACUGAAACUUUGGAACCAAGUGAACAGCAACAUGAGCUGGAGACCAGAGGAGGAAUAGGAUUCUUCUAUCAGGAGGAAGUACGUAGUGAGGGGGAGAUGGCCCAACGAAGAGCAUUGCUUUUGGAAAGACAGCAGAAGAGAAAUGAGGAGCUGAAGAAGAGGAGACAAUGGCAUGAGCAAGAAAGGGAAAACAGACCAGGAUCCUCAGACAAGAGAGUAGCCUCUCCCUCCAAUACACCUCCCGCUGGAACCCCUUCCCCCACACCUCCCGCUACUCCAGUUCGUCGUGGAGAUUUCACACGAGGGGAAUAUGCACGGCGGCAGCAGCUCAGGAUCAUGGAUGACCUGGACAAAGUGCUGCGGCAGAAAUCAACCAAUCAUGGACGAUCUUCCGUUAAGAAAACCCAUUCCCGGCCUCGCAGCAUGACCAGAGAGGAAUCACAGCUGUCUCGGAGCCCAGCCAAGCAAACAGCAGCUUCUAAGCUGACCAAAGUCUACUCUCACUCCUCCCUCAACCUGGCAGCUACAGAUGAGCCAGGAAACAGUGGUGGUGACCCCAUUAAGAAAACCCACAGCCGUCCUGAUUCACCCUCUGGAUGUGUGACACCGAGCAGGCUGGCAAAUCAGAAUGGAGAAAAGGACUGGGAGACUGGUUCCAAUGGAACCUCACCUGCCCCAGAAUACACAGGUCUAAAGCUCUUCAAAGAACCAAGCUUCAAGUCCAACAAAUUCAUCAUUCACAACGCUCUCUCUCGCUGCUGCCUGGCUGGAAAGGUCAACGAGACACAAAAGAACAAGAUAGUUGAGGAGAUGGAGAAAAGUCCUGCCAACCACUUCCUCAUCCUCUUCCGUGAUUCCAGCUGCCAGUUUCGGGGCGUUUACACCAUGAACCCAGAGUCCCAGGAGCUUGUACGUUUGGUUGGCAUGGGCCCAAGGACAAUUAGCUCCACCCAGGUGGAGUCCAUCUACAAAUACAGUUCAGACAGGAAGCAAUUUAGUGCCAUCCCCUCUAAAACCGUGGGCAUGAGUGUGGACGCCUUCACCAUCCCCAGCCACCUUUGGCACGGGGGAGGAGGAGCAGGAGGAGGAGGAAGCAGGAGGGCAAGCAUUACUAAGAAGGCUGUCAUUUCCAAGUGAGGGACACAUCAUUAAAGAAUCACUCUGUAAUUAUCAAAAAAAACUAGUAAAUCAUAAAAAAACUGUUGCAUACAUACACAGCGUACCUCUCUUGCCCGUGGAUUUUUAGUAGAAAUACAUGAUAUUAACAUUUACUUGUACUCCCCUUAAUGUGCAUGAAAAUGUUAACAGCACAACUUGCUUUUCCUCAAGAAACAACACUCAAAUCCUGUGUACAGAGGAAGGUUUGCACAAUGAAAAGUUACUUUUAAAAAGUCUCAUUACUUAUACUUUCAUUGUUUGAAGUAAAAAUUCGAAAAAUUACUUUUUUUUUCUGUCAGAAGAAAAGGAAACAUUAAUAAGUUGUUUAUUGAAAAACACUGACUUUCAUAAGACAUAUGAUUACUGUCUGUUCCCUCUCUGGUUCUGUAGACUGAAGUCCUCGAGUAGAGUACCAGUUUUAUACAUUAAGCCAAACAGAGAAAAUGCCUUCUUGUGUCAGAGUGACUGGCGGGACUUUUAUUUUAUACAACGUUCAACUUUAAUUCUACCAACGACUGUCAGUAGGUGGAUUAAAAACACUUUUUUUUUUGCUAAAUGAAAGAUAGCCAUAACGAUAUGAUGCAGAAGUGAACUAUAGGACCGUGUCAAAGAUCUGUAAAUGUGUCAGUGGUUUUCAGAGAUGAUUACCACAGCAUGAAUGGUCAUGUACUGUAUGUGGUAUAAGCUUAUUUCAAAAAUAAUAUCACAGUGAAAACUUGUGGUUUGAUGGAACUAUGUUGAUAAUGGGUAUACGUAUGAGCAUCAGAUGCCAAUUAAAAUAACUUUUGUACACUGAACUAAUAGCAUAUUGAGGAUGACCUGUGUCAUGCCAAGCUACAUUUACAAGUACCUUGAUUGUCGCGCUCUAGGUGGAGUGCACACAGUUAAAUUGGUGUGUUUCAGACCAGCAUUCAUGUAUGAAAUAACAGACUGGAUUAAACUCCGCUGAUCAAGCUGUC